CUUGUAUAAUUUUUUGAUAAUGGUUCUCGUCGGACGUUCGAGUCUCUUUUAUUUAAACUUUAUUGUUGUAAUAGUAGUUGAAGCUGCGGUAAUCGAUACAAAUAAUUUAUCGAACAUGGCGACAGUAGACUACACGAAGGUGCCCAUCCAGACGAAGGCGCUGUACGUGCCGCCAUUGGAGGAGAUGGCCGACGUACUGUCGCACGAGCUGCGGUCCACGUUUGAGACUGUGGAGGUGUCCGUGGUGGACUGCCCCGACCUUACGCAGCCUCCCUUCGACCUGCAAGCGCCAGGCAUAUCGGGUAACGCGACGCUGGUGGAGAUCGGCGGACCGCCAUACCUGAUGCCUCUGGUGCAGCGCGAUAAGGUGUACGACUUGGCGGCGCUGCUGCGGCAUCUGCGCCGCGACCCCGCGCUGCUGACAGGCGCCGGCGCCGGGCCCUGGCCCUACAUCGGCGUUAACUGCGAGGGCAUCAUCAACCUCCGCAUGCAAGACGGCGCGGUGCGGCAGGGCACGCGCGUGGUGAGCGUGCAGCCGGUGGGCGCGGCCAAGGGCAGCAGCGGCUACCUGCAGCGCCGCCUGCCCGACGCCGAGACGCGCACGGCGCUGCUCGGCAACUACCUGCUGAGCGACGGCGCGCCCGGCAAAGUGCUGCGGGUGGUGGCCAAGCGGCGAGUCGGCGCCGACAACUUCAUCACGGCCAUCAGACGCGCUCUGCAGGCGCGGUACGGGGAGCGCGGGGUGGGGCUGGGCGGCGCCUUCGUGCUGCGCGAGGGCCGCGUCAAGCACCACGUGAUGCCGGACUUCUCGUCGACGGCGCUGUGCAGCGACGAGGACAUCGACCGCUGGCUGCACUACUUCGAGAUGCGCGCGCCCAUCGUGCACGUGGGCACGCUCGUCACCGCCGACCUGGGGCUGGACCUGCGCGUGCAGCACUUCCACGGGUUCAGCGCGCACGGCGACGGCGGCCACUACCACUACGACACGACGCCCGACUCCGUGCACUACGAGGGCUACUUCACGCCCGCCGACACCAUCGUGCGUGUGGACGCGCCGCGGGACACGCACGCAUUCGGCCGAGACUGAGCGCCCUCGCGAUUAUUGUUAAGGCUCGCUGUGACUCGCUAAGGUCCAAUUUGUUUUGUUAUAUCACUUUAUAAAUA